UACGCUAGUUUGUGGGCUUCGAUUGGGCUUUGCCAUAGUUCACUUUAAUUUUGAGGUGAAAGUCAAGUCCUUUCCUUUUACCGAUACUGUUUUCCUCUUACUGGUACUGCUAUGGCGUCCGUCAGGAAGAUAUUAUAUCUGCCACUGGAAAUUUCCCGCCCCAGCCGCCACUAGAAAACAUACCCAGAUAUGACAAAUUGGACUCUUUUAAAAGUAAUUUCUUUUGAGCCUCAAAUUCAAUAAUUUUGAAUCGUUUAAAGUUUCUUUUGUUGUCAUUACUACCAAACAUGUGUCUUUUCUUGAUUCCAUCUCGAGAUUUCAAAUCCAGUUGGGUAGAGAUUUGUGAUUUCUUUUUCACUUGCUGGGUUCAUCUGAGGAGAUCAAAGGUUAGUUUUGCUCCUGCAAUAUGGGUUUCAAUGAAAUGACAAAACACAGUAGUAGAGUGAGUGAGCUAUUUGGAAAUUUAGGCGGUCUUUUAAGAAUAUGCUUAUUUCGCAUUCUAUCCAUGGGACCCAUCCCCAGCCAUUUUGCCUUUAUAAUGGAUGGAAAUCGGAGGUAUGCUAAGAAGGGGAACUUGAAACUAGGUGCUGGUCAUCGGGCUGGAUUUGAGUCUCUUAUAUCCAUACUUAAGUACUGCUAUGAAUUGGGAGUAAAGUAUGUAACUAUUUAUGCCUUUAGCAUUGAUAAUUUUAAGAGGCGGCCAGAUGAGGUUAAGGAUCUGAUGGAUCUGAUGCUAGAAAAGAUUGACGAGUUGCUUAAGGAAGAAAGCAUGGCGAAGCAAUAUGGAAUCAGAGUAUAUUUUAUAGGUAAUUUGAAACUUUUGAGUGAAAAUGUCCGGAUUGCUGCCGAAAAGGUUAUGAGGGCUACUGCUAAUAACACCAAGUGUACCCUUUUAAUCUGUUUAGCUUAUACCUCACGUGAUGAGAUUUUACAUGCUGUUCAAGAUUCUUGUAAAAAUAAAUGGGAGGAAAUUCAACCAUUGAGCUUUUGGAAGGCUACUAAUGGUGGCAUUCAAGAAAUAGAUGAUUGUAAGAAGAUGAAUGGUGUCACCCCACAUGGUUUUCAAGAAUUCCAGAAAGAUGAAGUUGAUGAAUCUCAAGCAACAGCGGCAAGUGCAAACUGCAGUGGUUUGAUUAGAGAAGUUGGAGGAGUUGACACUGAAAAUAGCAUGGUCAUGCAUGCAGUGCACACAUCCUAUGAAGAUCAGGCAGUGAUGGCAAAUAGAACUGGCCAUGGGGUGGCUCCAAUUGAAGAGAGUGAGAAGAUGCAAGGAGAGUGUUCUAUGAUAAAACUGGUAGACAUUGAGAAGUACAUGUACAUGGCAGUAGCUCCUGAGCCUGACAUUCUUGUUCGAAGUUCUGGAGAGACCCGUCUUAGCAACUUCUUACUUUGGCAGUCUAGUAACUGCCUGUUGUAUUCUCCUGAUGCAUUAUGGCCAGAAAUUGGUUUAUGGCACUUGGUUUGGGCAAUAUUGGACUUCCAACGCAACCACUCUUAUUUGGAGAAGAAAAAGAAGCAGCUGUAACAAAUUUAAUGUUCAAGAACAGUAUCUUAUCUCAUAUUGAAUUCAAUAGUUGUGCAUUUGCCACUAAAUUCCUCUGGAAGUCAGGAAGCUUUAGAAGCCUUAGAUUUUCAAGAAAGGGGCAUUUUUUUCAGUUGCAGCGAUGCCAUGGCAUAAUGUAAGCAUAAGCCAGUGAAGUAAUGAAACCAUAAAAAUGCUUGCUUCAAUGAAAUUUAUUCCCAUCUUCAUAUUAUUGUGAAAAUUCUUGAAUUUGUACUCAUAUUAUAAAUUAUGGGGGGGGGGGAAUCUACGAAUAAAAGGACUUUAGUGUAAACCUACCGCCCUCCAUUAAAUUUGAGCUCUCAAAUAUCAUUUUUUUUGUUGAGUUUUGUGGUUUGUGACAUGAUUGUACAUCCUGAGGUUGUAUAUGAGCAUUUGUAUUCUUUUGACAACAUAGUUUUUUUUUAAGGCAUCUUAAAGGAUUGGA